AUGCGUCAGCAACUCGCACUGGGCAAUGUUCUGCGGAGACGCUAUAUGACUGGAACGAAUCCGUUCAUGGAGAAGAGGUAUAACCCCAAACAGGUAUACAUUCGAUCUACAGACGUGAAUCGGACGUUAAUCUCUGCUUAUUCCAACAUUGCCGGAAUGUUUGCUGGUGGAGAAGCUGGGAAGGAUUUCCCAAACGAAACAGAUUGGCCUACCGGUUGGACUCCAGUUCCUGUGCAUACACUUCCAGGUGACGAAGACCAUGCUGGCAAUGUGUUCGCUCCGUGCCCUCGUGCUGAUCAGUUGGAUGAGGAGCUACGAAACAGCAAAGAAUACAAGCAAAUUGAGGAGGACAAUAAGGAUUUCCUCGAUUAUCUUUCGAAUAAUACGGGAAUGAAAGUUGACUUGAGGAACAUCUUCCUUAUCAACGACGUUCAUCACAUUGAGACUAUUUACAAUAUGAGCCAGCCGGAAUGGAUGACCCAGGAGGUCUCAAGGCGACUUCGCAAUCUCACCUCCCUAGUCAACGGGUACAACUAUGGUAUUGGAGAACCAUACGAGCCUGAGCUGAUCCGAUUGAGAGGAGGACCAAUGCUCCGCAGUCUCGUUGAUCUGAUGACUCACAAAAAGGAUUGUCUCGAUGACAACAAUCAACGAAGUGAAUGCAAAUGGAUCAAACCUCUCAGAUACUAUGCUUAUUCCGCGCAUGACACGACAGUUGCGGCGCUGUUGUCGACAUUUGGUGACGAGACGGAAGUGAUUCGUGGAGGGCUGCCAAAGUAUACCGCGUCGGUGGCCAUUGAACUGUGGACACUCGAUGGAGAAGGACCCGCUGUUAGGAUUCUUUUCCAUGGCGAUUUCCAUCACAAUUACCACGUAAUCACUCACCUCACGAAAGGCUGUCCCGUAGACAAGGAGUUCUGUCCAUUAGAGGUGUUCGAGAAUCGCAGCCUGCAGUUCAUGCCGACCGACAUAAAGAAAGAAUGUGAAGGACGUGAGAGAAGUAACAGAACAAAUCAGAGCCGUAUGAUCCGCAAAAUGAACAAAAGACGGAUGGAUAAAAAAGCAUAUUUGUAUAUUGUGAACCAUUAG